AUGUCCGGUAUAUGGCUCCGCCUCACCUUCAUUCUGCCCAUUGGCUCGUCUUCCAGCCAAGUCCCACUUCCGGGCGUCACUACAAUCUCUGGUGCCUGCUACGAUGCCUCUAGUGACGCCUGCUUGUGCAUGUAUGCUCUUGUAGAUCAGCUUCUGUUGGUGUGUCAUACUGCCACCCCCUCUCUCUCUCUCUCUCUAUUGCCAUCGGGCAUGCAAAUUACACGCUGGACCCCGGUUGCCAACUGCCUCCUUGAGCCCGCUGAAUGGAGUUGGCCGACCCAAUGGCCCAUCAUAAGUCCAACCCUGCUAAACCCCCCAACUCCAACCAUCGCCCCUCAUCCUUCAUUCGGCUUUGCCAAAGUCUUGGGUUAA